GUUGCCACCUGUACGUACGGAGGACGUUGGUUGAAGCCCAGAAACCGCCUUUAAUGUCUGUUUCUUCUAUUGUUGGGUUGUACUAAAAGGCCAUCGCAGCUAGAGCUGUACCAGUAUUUUGUCAACUUCUAGAGAGCAUUCAAGCUGCACGAUUCGCCCUUUGUUUCAGAACUUUGCUCAAAUCGGAGGUGCUCGAAUCACCCUUCCGCAGUGGACAACACACCCAGCAUGAGCAUUCCAACCAGAAACUCAAGUCUCACAUUCCGCGAAGUCAAUGAGGAAAACUGGCGCGCGGUAGCAAACCUGACUCCUAAAGACGGUCAGACAGGCAACCUUGCCCCCAAUGUUUGGUCUCUCUGCGAAGCCCAUUACUCUGAAGACGCCUGGGUGCGAGCCAUCUAUGCUGACGAGACACUUGUUGGAAUGCUCAUGAUGGCGAUAUGGGAUCCGGAUGAGGCCUACUACAUUUGGCGAUUCAUGAUUGACGGCCGAUAUCAGGGUCUGGGAUUCGGUCGGCGAGGAGUAGAACACGCAGUCGCUCAUAUACGCCAGCACAACCCGUGGGCAAAGAAGCUGGGGGUAAUGUCUACGCCGCCGGAGGGGAAACAUGUUGAAAAUUCGUCGAAGAAUGUGAACCCCGAAGAUUCUCCCUACAAGUUCUAUCAGAAGCUUGGGUUCGUGGAAGUGGCACCACCGGAUGAGGACGGAGAGAUCAUGAUGAGUAUAGACUUAUAGAUGAGUGUUUUAAACUGGGGGACGCCGUUACAGAAGGACAGCAUCGAUUACUCAAUUGACAUCAUUGAUGACUGAUGCAGUCUACAUGAGAUAGCAGACAAGCAUGGCGACUAUCAGAUUUUAUAGACAGUUAUAUUGUUUUCGAG